CGGGCGCCGCAGUGUUUGUCAGUCCUUCGUAUGGACAUCACGUCUGACGCGGCUGAUAGUCUACUCGCGCUCUGGCAUUCGUGUAUACGCGUAAGUUUUGGCGGCAUCUAUCACCUUCGGUCCACGACGUGUCGCACGUCAAAUUUCCCGUCGAUGAGCUACCGGACGUGCCUAUGCUCGCUCGCAACUCAAUCACCUCGUUUUCUCAUCGUCAUCUCCACGAGUAAUUCGAGGAUUAAUCGGCCGAUCGAGAUGUGAAAACGCCGAAUUGGAAGCGAUGUGGCUUCCGUUGAUGCUGCUCGCCUUGAUGGCGAGCAGUUCCGCGUGUCCAGAUUUAUGCGAGUGUCAUCAGAGUGCUGCCGAAAGGGACCUACCGGCUUUUGUAAAUGUGAAGUGUCGUGGACGUGCGCCUGGAUUAUCGGAAUUGCCGAUUAAAACGAGAAGCUUCGCGAUAGACGGUGCCGACGAAUACGAAGUGAUCGGUUUCUUCGACGAACUGGAAGUGAGCGAUUCGUUGAACGAUUUCGAAGUGAUCGGUACGUUGAACGAAUUCGAUGCAAACGGUACGUUCGACGAGUCGGAUACCGGCAACUCGACGAUUCUUCCCUACCUCGACGACGUAUCCGUGACGAACUGUUCGUUGGUGUUCUUGAACGUGUCGUGGCACGGCUUCGAACGCGUCAGAGCAUUGAACCUAUCAUGCAACAAUCUGGCACGGUUGAACGAUGUGCUAGUAAGCCGUGUGACGAAUAUGAGCGAGCUGACGCGUUUCGACUUGUCUGACAACUCGCUGACAGACGUGAGUGUCGGAGCUUUUAGGACGCUUGCGGGAUUGGUGAGGUUGAGUUUGCGUAGAAACGCGAUAUCCACCGUGCACGAGGAUGCGUUUCAAGGAUUGGAUCGGUUGGAGUACCUCGAUCUAUCGGACAACAGGCUGGCGGAUUUGCCAGAUAGUGCGUUGACGCCACUCUAUUCGUUGCAAAAGUUGGAUCUCAGUGGAAAUCAACUACAAGUUUUGGGUGCCAGGUGGUUCGAGAGCCUCGACAGACUAAGGGAGCUCGACGUUUCGAGGAACGGUUUAGCGCGGGCGGCUUCUGGAACUUUGCAACCGCUUCCGGGAUUAUCGAUACUAAAACUCUCGGAGAAUCCUCUUAAAGAAAGAGAUGUCUCUCUGCUGUUGGGUACUGGCAGACGCUUGGAAACUGUGGAUGCGUCUCGUACAGGUUUGGCAAGAGUUCCAGCUGCGCUAACGAGAUCCGUCAGAGCGCUCAGACUAGCCGGUAACAAGUUAACCACGAUUCGUGGCGGUGACCUCGACAGUUACCCUCUUUUACGGAUAUUAGAUAUCUCGGAGAAUCGAUUGAUAGACAUCGAAAACGACGCUCUCGGACGUUUAGAGGUUCUCGAAGAAUUGGAUAUUUCUGGUAACGUUCUCGUUAAGAUCCCGGCCAGUUUACCGAACAGUCUUACAAAUUUGAAGCUUCAACGAAAUAGGAUAACAACUUUGAAAAUCGACGAUCUACAGGGACUAUACAAUCUAAAAUCCUUGACGUUAAAUGAUAACGAUAUUAACGCGAUUGAGGUGGGAGCGCUCGGUCAAUUACCGGUACUCGAAGAACUUGAUCUAUCAGAUAAUCCCAUUAAAACGUUACCGGCUAAUACACUAAGUGGACCAAGUAACCUCGCCAAGCUUCGUAUGUCAGGAUUAACUUCCCUCGAACAAAAGCAAGAGGAACAAAGUGAUAUGGCGUUUCCAGUACCUACGCCCGAAAGGCUCGUAUUCCUCGACGUAUCGAGGAGUCCUGUUCUGGCCAGACAGCUUUUAGCGGAUGACGCCGCGCUGUCGGCUUGCAAGAGCUUGGUCCAAUUGGACUUGUCUCGAACUAACAUCACCAGUCUUAGAUUCGAUCUACCUUACAUGCUACCUCAAUUGCGUAUUCUCAACUUAAGCGCAAACCAUUGGGAUUGCACCGAAGAUCUGUAUUGGCUGGGUGAAUGGUUGCGGCAGCACGAACAACUAAAUAAAGGUGUUCAACCGGGUCAAUGCGAUACUCCACGGGAAAUGUCAGGAUCACUCCUAUACGAAUUGCCAUCACCGCCGAGCCCUCUUCCUACAACCGUACCAACCAUAACACCCACCGCUUCCAUAUUAUCGAUUCUGUCUCCGAUCGGACGUAUAUCUCAUUUUAAUAACCUAAACGCGUCUUCCAACGUUACCGAUGUCGGUUCUCACGACGAAUCUAUUACCGUUAAUGACACCAAGCAGUCAACCUAUAGAAACUCGAGUCACGGAAUAGUCGGUUCUCAUAACUCCACCGAGAACUCGACAAAUUACAAAACGAAACCUGUUCCAACGUUGCCGAGUAACGAAACGCGUUAUUACGAAGCACCUACGUCGUUUCGAAACAUGACAACAUCAACGACGGAACAGAAGGAGCGAAACUCGAGCAAGAAAGUUAUCGAAAUCGAUCAGACUUCGGCGGAGAUUAAAAAUUCAAUUAUGGACGUCGCCGGACUGCCGUAUCGGAGAACGAACGAAGACAAACCGUCAAUUAUUAGGAUGGAGAGCGAAUCGGAUCCAGGAACUAUCGAUAAUCGUAUAGACGGCAAGAGGCAGAAAAGCAAGAGACCGAGUAAACUUAGCGUAUCGUCGAGUAAGAUCACCUCCUUGAAGCUAUCUAAACUUGCGUCGCUAAAGGAGGAAGUAGGAGAAAAGAAGACGGCCGAGAAAUACUCGAAGAGGCUAAACAAUCUGACAAAAGAGAAGUUGGUACUAGGGAAUACUCCUGAUUCAAAUACGAUAGCAGAGGAAUUGAAUAAUCGAGCGACUGAUUCCGACGCGAGAGUUUCCGAGGCUUUAUCCGCUGGUGCUCAUCCGGGAAUGUUGGUGCUGGCUGGUGCAGCCCUCGGUGCCGCAGCUGCGCUCACUGUAGUGUUGUCGCGACGAGCCACUGUACGCCGAAGGGAUAGGUAUCAUCGUCACGAAAACAUCGAAGUGCACACGCUCACUCCGACCACCGAACUUUGGUGACCAGAGUCUGAAUAUGCUCGAUUGUUCAACAGAGAUAAGCAACUAGACGCCGAGGAUUACGAGAAACGUGUUGAAAUUUUGUCAAUAUUAUCUCAGUGACUACCGAGAACACGACUAACGGACGUGCACUACAGGAGUAUGCUAAAGUAAUCUAUUUUUCAUCUUCCUGUUAGUUUCCUUCUAUUUGCUGAAACUCGAACGAGAUUCCCGACGAUUAGCAGGCAACCAGUCACGCGUCUAGAAGAUCGAACGCCGACGUUUGAUCUCCGAUUGACGUUCUUCACGUGAAGAACCAAGGGCCAAGUGAUAAUAACUCGAUAACUUUAAGAACUGAAUAAGAGGUGAAUUGAGUAGAGAAACUUUUACACGACGGAAUCAAAACAAUUUCAAAUUCAUUAUUUAGAUAACGGUUUAUCACGAAAGAGAUAAUUUCCCAGUCAGCCAAUGUUCCUUUCUGGCAACGAGUCACUGGAGAACGCAGCAGUAUACAACUGUACAACGCUCGUUUAAGGUGAGCGGAUGAACGCUGAACAGUUCCGACUAAGAUGUACAAAGCUCAAACAGAUCACCUUCUCCAGGAGAAAGCUGAAGUAGUUCCCGCAUAACCACCAGAUUCGGCUUUGUCCGUCGGGAAAUACCGGACAUACGAGAAAGUUCAGCGAAGGAAACUGUUGGCCGAAAUCCCACGGAUUCUGCGGAACAUCUCUCGAUGCGAAUCUCGAGCGAACGAUAAACUCGAGAAGUAGUCGAAACUCAGUAAAAUUUCGAAAAAUCAGUGAUUCAUCGAGGAAUUCAUUAAAACAAAGACUGCUUGCUUAAGAGGACCGUAUCGAACCGAACACGUUCGUGACCAGGAAACGGCUUGAAAUCGGUACUCGAUGUAGUACCCUUUCUUUUGGUAUUUCGCGAGAAACCUCAUCCUGGUGCGAGACGAUGAAAUGCAGACAAAGACAAAGCGAAACCGCAGGUGGCAAUAAUUAAAAAUCGAUGCGCUGCAUCAACCUCAGGCGAUCGGAACGUUAAAUAGCACACAGUGACAAUAAUAAUUGUAACGUGCCGCGUUUCUGGAUUGGACUUUUCACCGUACGUUUAGGACGCUUCCGUGACUCGGUAGAAGUGCGGCUAGGCUACGUACGAGGAAAAUGUGGUGAGAAAGGGCGAGAAAUGGGAAGAAGACUUGAGAGAGAGAGGAAGAGAGAGAGAGAGAGAGAGAGCGACGAAGACAGAGGGAGCGAGCGCGCGCGAGAGAGAGAGAGAAAGAGAGUGACAGCGAAAGAGAAGACGGAGAAAAGAAAUUGAUGGGACACAGGAAACGUGCUGGCGUGAAAUUCGCGGUGGCGAAUUGUACGUUUGAAUGACAGUGCGAGACGGGAAGCGGAGAGCGAUUGCUGGCCGGAAGAACUUUUAUCGAACGCUGCGAGAUCGAAUGAGAAAAAAAGGUGCGCGAAGAAGUAGUGAAGGAGAGGGUGUGAGAAAGUAUGCGAGAAAUGAGCGAAGAGCUAGAGAGUAAGAAUGGAAAAGAGAAGAAGAACGAAAGAGUGAGAGAGCAUGAGAGAGAGAGAGAGAGAGAGAGAGAGAGAGCUUGAGAGAGAAAUGAUCGCGAGGUGGAAACCGCUCUCAACAGCGGCCACACCGAGUGUACAGAAACGUAGCUUCCGAACUUAAUUCUGGCUUGGCCAGUUGCCAAGACUCCUUAACAAACAGAAAAAAACAAAGGAUAAGAGUGGAAGAGAGCAGAUAAGAAAUAACGAAGAGGUUAGACAUUAUCUUUCUUAAAAUAACCAGUGUCAAAGUACCGCUAUGAUAAUAAACCGAUGUACAAAGAUGCAA